CUAAAUCAAACAUAAAAAUCGUGCCGGUUUAUUAUUAUUUUUUAAACAAAUAUAUUAAAUAGUUUAACGUGCACAAUUAGCAACUGGAAUUAUGCCGAAGGAACAGUUUCGCGCUUCUGCGCUUAACAAAAAGAUUUCCCAUGUGCAGUUUGGAAUUAGCGCUCCCGAUGAAAUUCAACAAGAGGCACAGGUGCGGAUUAUCUCCAAAAAUCUGUACCAGGCCCAGAGGCAACCAGUUCCCUAUGGAGUUUUGGAUCGUCGGAUGGGAAUUAGCACCAAGGACGCCAUGUGCGAAACUUGUGGACAGGGUCUAAACGAGUGCAUCGGCCACUUUGGUUACUUAGAUCUCGCUCUACCUGUUUUUCACAUUGGACACUUUCGUUCUACCAUCAAUAUCCUUCAAAUGAUUUGCAAGGCAUGUUCUCGUGUUAUGCUGAAGCCCGAGGACAGACAAGUGUACGAGAAGAAGCUGCUUAACCCUAACUUUUCGUAUCUGGGUAAGAAAGCUCUACAUGUGCAAAUUUUGGCCAAGGCAAAGAAGGUUACAAAAUGUCCACAUUGUGAUUCUCCAAAUGGUGGAGUUAAAAAGGGACCGGGGCUUCUGAAAAUUAUUCAUGAUCCUUACAAGGGGCGUAAAGUGGACUCACUGUUUACUAAUAAUAUGAACGAAAUGCUUCGGUCUACGGAGUCAAAUCGUGACCUUAACUCAGCGCUGGGUAACUAUAGCACCGCCGAGGAGCUAACACCGCUCAUGGUGCUCGAUCUCUUCGAACAAAUCCCUCAGGGAGAUGUUGCACUACUAGGAAUGUGCUCGCGCAAUGCCCAUCCAAAACAUUUGAUUGUUACCCGAGUCUUUGUGCCACCUGCAUGCAUUCGUCCCUCGGUUUUGUCCGAAGUAAAAGCUGGUACAACUGAGGAUGAUCUAACCAUGAAACAAAGCGAAAUCCUGCUCAUUAAUGAUGUAAUUCAGCGUCACAUGGGCACUGGUGGGAAGAUCGAGCUCAUACACGAGGACUGGGACUUUCUGCAACUUCAUGUCGCUUUAUAUUUCCACAGUGAAAUCAGCGGAAUACCCAUUAAUAUGGCACCAAAGAAGACGACACGCGGAAUAGUACAACGAUUGAAGGGCAAGCAAGGCCGUUUUCGUUGUAAUCUUUCUGGAAAACGUGUGGAUUUCAGUGGACGUACCGUUAUUUCACCAGAUCCUAACUUAAUGAUCUAUCAGGUUGGCGUUCCUGUGCGUGUGGCGAAGAUUCUUACAUAUCCCGAGCGCGUUAAUCCCGCCAAUAUGAGUCAAAUGAGGGAACUGGUACGUAAUGGGCCAAGUAAGCACCCGGGAGCCAAUUAUGUUCAGCAGCGCGGAUCUAGCUUCAAGAAGUAUCUUGCCUAUGGUAAUCGGGAAAAAGUGGCGCAGGAGUUAAAGUGCGGCGACAUCGUUGAGCGUCAUCUGCGCGACGAAGAUAUCGUAUUAUUUAACCGUCAGCCUUCACUUCACAAGAUGUCUAUUAUGUGCCAUCGCGCAAAAGUGCAGCCGCAAAGAACGUUCCGCUUUAAUGAAUGUGCCUGUACGCCUUACAAUGCCGAUUUUGAUGGCGAUGAAAUGAAUCUGCAUUUGCCACAAACAGAAGAAGCAAGAGCCGAAGCCUUAAUAUUAAUGGGCAACCAAUCGAAUUUGGUAACUCCGAAAAAUGGUGAGAUUUUAAUUGCCGCCACGCAGGAUUUCAUAACCGGUGGCUAUUUGCUCACACAAAAGGAGGUCUUCCUUACUAAAGAGGAGGCUAUGCAGUUAGCCGCAUGCUUUUUGGCCAAUGAAGACUCCACCAUGCACAUAAAGCUACCACCACCAGCUCUUCUUAAACCGCGACGUCUGUGGACAGGCAAACAAAUGUUUAGCUUGCUAAUGCGACCAAAUAACGAUUCUCAAAUUCUCCUUAAUAUGGUCAAUAAAGGUCGGAAUUACACGCGAAACAUGGAUCUGUGCAGCAAUGACUCUUGGAUUCAUAUACGCAAUUCAGAACUGAUGUGCGGUGUUAUGGAUAAGGCUGCCUUGGGUUCUGGUACAAAACAGUGCAUAUUUUACUUGAUGCUGAGAGACUUUGGUGAACUUCAUGCGACAAAGGCCAUGUGGAGAUUAGCAAGGAUCGCAUCGUACUUUUUGCAGAAUCGCGGUUUCUCGUUCGGCAUCAGCGAUGUCACUCCAAGCAAAAAACUUUUACAGCACAAGGAAUUGCUACUGGAACAUGGAUACGCAAAAUGUAAUGAGUAUAUUGAAAAGCUUAAGGCGGGAACUCUGCAGUGUCAACCUGGUUGUACGCCAGAAGAGACACUGGAAUCCGUAAUGCUGCGGGAGCUGUCGGCUAUUCGAGAACAGGCUGCCAAGACAUGUUUCGCGGAGCUCCAUCCCACUAAUAGCGCAUUGAUAAUGGCGCUCAGUGGAUCAAAGGGUUCAAAUAUUAAUAUUUCCCAAAUGAUCGCUUGUGUUGGUCAGCAAGCUGUUAGUGGUAAACGAGUACCCAACGGAUUUGAGAAUCGAGCUCUACCUCACUUCAAUAGACACUCUGCAAUUCCUGCGGCCAGAGGUUUUGUCCAGAACAGUUUCUAUUCCGGGCUAACCCCGACUGAGUUCUUCUUUCACACAAUGGCUGGUCGUGAAGGUUUGGUCGAUACAGCCGUAAAGACAGCGGAGACCGGAUAUCUGCAGCGACGAUUGGUUAAGUGCCUUGAGGAUUUGGUUGUUCAUUACGACGGUACAGUUCGUAAUGCUGUCAACGAAAUGGUGGACACCAUAUACGGUGGUGAUGGUCUAGAUCCUGUAUCCAUGGAGACUCGGAAUAAACCUGUUGAUCUGGUCCAUCAAUAUGACAAUCUGCGUGCUCAACAUCCACGUGGCACGGAUCGUCCACUUUUGGCAGAAGAAAUUCCACAAGUCCUCGAAACGCUGUUAGGCUCUUCAGAAUUUAUAGAAUCCCGGGAAGAUUUCAAAAUAGAUGUUAGAAAACACAUUGUCACUGUAUCCAAUCGCAUUGGGGAAUUGCAGAAACGCUAUGCUAAACAUGAAAACCUAUGCCAUCAGAUUGAAUGCAUCACCGCCGAGCAGCUAUUGAAAUUUGUACGUCGAAUUAAUAAUCGAUAUAAUCGAGCUAUAAGCGAGCCUGGCACAGCAGUUGGUGCCAUUGCUGCGCAGAGUAUUGGAGAGCCAGGAACCCAGAUGACCCUUAAGACGUUCCAUUUUGCUGGUGUUGCUUCGAUGAACAUUACUCAAGGUGUACCACGUAUAGUUGAGAUUAUAAAUGCAACGAAAACCAUAUCGACGCCAAUCAUAAGUGCUGAGCUGCUGGACAGCCAUAGUAUGGAAUUCGCCAGGCAAGUUAAGGCGCGCAUUGAGAAAACCACUUUAGGAGAGUUAUCUUCCUAUGUUGAGGUUGUAUGCGGACCUUAUAGCUGCUACCUGGCCAUUGGAAUAGAUAUGGCAAGAAUUAAACUUCUUGGCCUACAUAUAAACUUAGAUACAAUUGUUUUUAGUAUAUUGAAGUCGCGUAUGCGAGUUAAGCCGGCUCAAGUGGAUGUUGUUCCGAAGCACUCGCGAAUUAUUGUUCGAGUGGAAGCCACAAGAACUUCAACUAAAAAUGCAGAAUUAGCACGACUAGCACUUGGUCUGCAGAACGUCGUUGUGGCGGGUCUGCCAAAUAUUAAUCGUGCUGUCAUUGCUGUUGAUGAUGCCAGACAGCCUCCCACAUAUAAACUAUGCAUUGAGGGCUAUGGACUUCGUGAUGUGAUUGCUACAUUCGGUGUAGUCGGUAAUCGUACUCGCAGUAACAAUAUUUGUGAAAUAUAUCAGACACUGGGAAUAGAGGCAGCGCGGACCAUCAUUAUGAGUGAAAUAACGGAGGUGAUGGAAGGACAUGGUAUGAGUGUCGAUUCGCGUCAUAUCAUGCUCCUUGCCAGCCAAAUGACGGCACGUGGUGAAGUAUUGGGUAUCACUCGACACGGUUUGGCUAAAAUGCGUGAGAGCGUCUUUAACUUGGCAUCGUUUGAAAAGACAGCAGACCACUUGUUUGAUGCAGCAUACUACGGCCAGACAGAUGCCAUUAAUGGAGUUUCAGAACGCAUAAUUCUAGGAAUGCCGGCAGGAAUUGGUACAGGUAUCUUUAAGUUGCUACAACAUCAUGAGGACAAGCAGGUUCACCCUAUUGAAGAAACUAUAUUUAGUUCCCUGAAUCUAGAGUGUGUGGUGCCCGAGUCUUAAAUUUACAUAUUAUUAUAAAUAUUAUAAAAUAUUGACUAGUUUUUAAAUUAAAUAAUAUUUUUUGUAUAAUAAAAUGUUGUGAAUCAUAUUAGGUAGGACAUAAA